AUGAUCGGGCCACGGCGUACACUCCACCUCUCACUGGCGCUCAACGCCGUGCUCGGUGCUGUGGUGUGGCUCGUCCUCUGGGCCCUGGCGGGCGACCAUCCGCAGCUGUGCAAGACAAGCAUCUACUCUAUCGGAUUCCAAUCUCCUCAGAUACAAGAGUCAUCCAGCCCCUCCAGCCCCUCCAGCCUGGCCAUUACCGAGCCAUCAGGACGGUGCGACAUCUGCGCAAGCGACAUCGGGCAGCGCCUGUGCACCGAGUAUGGUGCCCAAGUGGUGGCCCGCACCAUCGCCUUCAACCAGGGCAACACGCGCUUGAAGCGAGUCCUUGCGAAAUGGCGUGCUGGUAAACCAGUACGCCUUGGAGUGCUAGGCGGCUCGAACAGUGCAGGUCAGGGCGUCUGGGCCGAUAACCAGAUGACAUACUCGCAACUCAACAUGCACACAGUUCUGUUCAACUAUCUCGACAGCCGAUUCCCACAACCCGGAGGCAAGGUCAUGGAGCGCACGGGUGAGGCCGACCAGAACAGCCUCGUGAAUGGCGCACUAGGAGGCCGCGGAACCGAGUACUUUGCCAUGUGUUCAGAUUUACACCUCCCAGAGGAUCUGGACCUCUUGGUACUCGAGUUCGCCGUCAACGAUCAGUACCAGCUCGAAUCGACUGAGACGUACGAAUUCCUCGUGCGGUACCUCCUCGAGAAGCCGUCCGCGCCGGCCGUUCUCGAGAUCCAAACCUUUGGAUACGAAUUUGACAAGAUCCUUACAGGUGGUGCGAGUCACCUCGCCACGAACCUAUAUUAUAACGUUCCGACGAUUGCGCCUCGCACCCUCUUCUACGACGGCGCACAGGGCAACAUCACAAAGUUCUGGGACUGGUUCUACUGGUACAAUCCGCACGAGGUGCCGGAGAACCUAUACGGUGUCGACUUGCGUCACUUUGGGCCUGGAGGGCACCGCGUCUCGGCCGAGCUGAUGAUGGCGUAUAUCGAGCAGCAGAUGUGCGAGAUGGACCACGCAGAGCUCGUGGCAGGCACGAGCGACAUUGACAAGCUCUACCCAGAACAACCGCUGCAGUCGCUCUCAUUGCUGAGCACGUUUAGCCGCUCCAACUCGGACGCGGUCAUGGCACCCAUGGCGCCCAAGUGCCAGAGCGUCGAUUCGGAUUCGCAUCCUCUCACACCGUCCAGUAGUGAGGGGUGGGAACGCUGGACGUGGAGCAAUGACAAGGGCAAGACGAAAACGUACCUCCGUGCAACAAAGCCGGGCGCCAAGAUUGUCUUUGACCUUGGUUCGGUCACUGGACGCGUCGAGAUCUACUACCUGCGCUCCAAGAGCUUUGGGCUUGGUAACCUCCUCUGCAAGUUGAACGGGCAGGAGAAUAUCAUCGAGGGCUGGUGGGACAAGGCAGAGAAUAUCGGACAGAGCACGCGGUGGCGUGGCCUCAAACCAGGCAACUACAAGCUAGAAUGCGAGCUGUUGAGCGAAACGAGCGACCCGGGAGGCGGUACCGAGUUCCGACUCAUGGCAAUUAUGAGCAUAUAG